AAAAAGUCCCUAGAGUCUAUAAACUCUAGGCUUCAGCUGGUUAUGAAAAGUGGUAAAUAUGUGUUAGGAUACAAACAGACUCUGAAAAUGAUUCGGCAGGGCAAAGCCAAGUUGGUCAUCCUGGCCAACAACUGUCCUGCUUUGAGAAAAUCAGAGAUUGAGUACUACGCUAUGCUUGCCAAGACUGGUGUCCAUCAUUAUAGUGGCAACAACAUUGAAUUGGGCACGGCGUGCGGAAAGUACUACAGAGUGUGCACACUGGCUAUCAUCGACCCAGGUGAUUCUGACAUCAUUAGAAGCAUGCCAGAACAAACCAGUGAGAAGUAAAUGCUGUAAAGAUGUUAUUUCUACAAUAAAUCUGGUUACAGAUCUGUUUUAAGAAAAAUUUGUAUUACACCUUUGCUGGUUUUAGGGAACAAACUAUAUAAAUGAAGAUUAAUUAUCA